AUGACCAACAUUCGUAAAACUCACCCACUAACCAAAAUCAUCAACAACUCAUUUAUCGACCUCCCCGCUCCAUCAAACAUCUCAGCAUGAUGAAACUUCGGCUCCCUCCUCGGAAUCUGCCUAAUCAUUCAGAUUCUUACAGGUUUAUUUUUAGCCAUGCAUUACACAUCAGACACAGCCACAGCCUUCUCAUCAGUCACCCACAUCUGCCGAGACGUCAACUACGGCUGAAUCAUCCGAUACAUACACGCAAACGGAGCUUCCAUAUUCUUUAUCUGCCUAUUCCUACACGUAGGACGAGGCUUAUAUUAUGGUUCUUAUAUAUUCCCCGAAGCAUGAAACAUUGGCAUUAUCUUAUUAUUCGCAGUCAUAGCAACUGCAUUCAUAGGUUACGUUUUACCAUGAGGACAAAUAUCAUUUUGAGGUGCAACCGUAAUUACUAAUUUACUAUCCGCCAUCCCAUACAUCGGAACUAACCUUGUAGAAUGAAUCUGAGGCGGAUUUUCAGUAGACAAAGCCACCUUAACACGAUUCUUCGCCUUCCAUUUUAUCCUGCCAUUCAUCAUUUCAGCACUAGCAGCAGUCCACCUACUAUUCCUCCACGAAACAGGAUCCAACAAUCCCUCCGGAAUCCCAUCCGACUCUGACAAAAUCCCAUUCCACCCUUACUAUACCAUCAAAGACAUCCUAGGCGCCCUAUUCCUUAUUCUAACACUAAUACUACUAGUACUAUUCUCACCUGACCUGCUAGGAGACCCAGACAACUAUAUCCCAGCCAACCCCCUCAACACACCUCCCCACAUUAAACCUGAGUGAUACUUCCUAUUCGCAUAUGCUAUCCUACGAUCUAUUCCCAACAAAUUAGGAGGCGUACUAGCCUUAGUCUUCUCCAUCCUAGUACUAGCCAUCAUUCCCCUACUCCACACCUCAAAACAACGAAGUAUAAUAUUCCGCCCACUAAGCCAAUGCUUAUUCUGACUGCUAGUAGCUGACCUCUUAACCCUAACCUGAAUCGGUGGCCAACCAGUAGAACACCCAUUCAUCACCAUUGGCCAACUAGCCUCAAUUCUCUACUUCAUAAUCCUCUUAGUCCUUAUACCAAUUAUUAGCAUUAUCGAAAACAACAUAUUAAAAUGAAGA